CUCCUUUCACACCUAUACCUUCUUUUUUUCACCCAUUGUUCAUCAAACAUUAACUACAUCCCUCUUUCAUUCUCAUUCUCAAUCUCUUUCUUAAAUUCAUCAAGUCUUCCUUCCUCAUACGUAUCUUUGUUAAUACAUAUAGCUUGCAAAAUAAUACAGUAUGCCUUCCUUCACUUCAUUGGCUAUCCCUGCGCUCUACCAAACUUCGCGUCAGUUUGCUCCACGCUCGAUGACUGCGCUUCGCCGGGCCCAAUUCUCUGUCAAAACCUCACAGAAACCUGAAGUGGUCACUUUUGAAGAGAUUGAUAGUCUAAUCAAGAAGAAGGAUAAGAAUGUAGUAUUGAUCGAUGUUCGCGACGCGAAUGAAGUCGCUCAGGGUGUUAUUCCUACCUCCCAUCAUGUCCCAUUGGCUAACAUCCAAGAAGCUCUUUCAUUGCCUGACAAAGAGUUUGAGCAUCGAUAUGGAUUUAAAAAGUUUGGCAAGGACGAUGAGGUUAUCUUCUAUUGCAGAUCAGGAAGACGCUCAGGGAUGGCAUUCGACUAUGCAAAGGGACAGGGAUACAAUGGUGUACGCAACUACUCUGGAAGUUGGCUUGAUUAUGAGGCUAAGAGCAAGGGCCAAUAAUACCAAGAAAAAAAAGACAUAUCUCCAUAUGAUUGUGAAAAUCAAAGCCUUGUACUAUAAUAAAACUCAGUAAAUAUUCAAAAACAAGGCGAACGAUAUAGCU